AAGGGGGUUAAGCACCCGAGCCUGCCCGGAGCGAGCUGAGGUACCUUGGUGAAAAGCAAGUCUUUUGCCUCACGCGGUUGCUGUGCACUGGGGGAAAGAUGGAGGAGAGCAGCAAAAAACAACAUCACAAGAAACACGGUGGGCCCAAGGCUGGCAAGAAAAAGAAGCGUCAUUUGAAAGACUUGGGAAUUGAAGAUGAAGAGGAUGCCCGGAAGAGAAACCCCAAAGCUUUUGCGGUCCAGUCCGCAGUCCGCAUGGCCAGAACAUUCCACAGGACCCAAGAUUUGAAAACAAAAAAACAUCAUAUUCCAGUGGUUGAUCGCACUCCCUUGGAACCACCUCCGGUGGUGGUGGUGGUGGUUGGCCCUCCAAAAGUUGGGAAAAGCACCUUGAUAAAAUGCCUCAUUAAGAAUUUCACAAGGCAGAAAUUAGUUGAAAUCCGAGGCCCUGUAACCAUUGUAUCAGGUAAAAAACGUCGGCUAACCAUAAUUGAAUGUGGAUGUGAUAUUAAUGUAAUGAUUGAUCUUGCCAAAGUUGCUGAUCUGGCUUUGAUGCUUAUUGAUGCCAGUUUUGGAUUCGAAAUGGAAACGUUUGAAUUUCUGAACAUUUGUCAGGUACAUGGUUUUCCCAAAAUCAUGGGUGUUCUUACGCACUUGGAUAGCUUCAAAAAUAACAAACAGCUCAAGAAGACCAAAAAGAGAUUAAAGCAUCGAUUCUGGACGGAAGUGUAUCAGGGUGCCAAAUUGUUCUAUCUGUCCGGGAUGGUGCAUGGAGAAUAUCAAAAACAGGAAAUCCACAACCUGGGGCGGUUUAUCUCUGUGAUGAAAUUCCGUCCCCUUACUUGGCAGACAACUCAUCCCUAUGUUUUGGUUGACAGGAUGGAAGAUUUGACAAAUCCAGAGGUUAUUAGGGUUAAUCCAAAGUGUGACCGGAAGGUUUCACUUUAUGGUUAUCUAAGAGGAGCCCAUUUGAAAAACAAAAGCCAAAUACACAUGCCAGGUGUCGGGGAUUUCACUGUAAGCGAUGUCAGUUUCCUGCCAGAUCCUUGUGCUCUUCCUGAGCAUCAAAAGAAACGAUGCUUAAAUGAGAAGGAGAAACUGAUUUAUGCCCCACUCUCAGGGGUUGGGGGCUUGGUGUAUGACAAAGAUGCCGUGUAUAUUGAUCUUGGGGGAAGCCACUCCCAUCAAGACAGAGAGGAGGAAGAAAGGCCAAAUCAUGAACUAGUCCAGAGCCUCAUCUCUGCACAUUCCACCAUCGAUGCCAAGAUGGCUUCUAGCAAAGUCUCUCUCUUUAUGGAUUCCAAACCUUUAGAGACGGAGGAUGUUGAAAAUGAAAGGAUUCUUGCAAUGCCUAAAGAAGAAAAGAAAACAGACCCGCUAACUGGGAGGACGCGUCGGAAAGCAGUGUUUGAAAAUGAAGACAAAAGUGAAGAGGAGGAGGAGGAGGAGGAGGAGGAGGAGGAGGAGGAAAUGUCUAUGGAGGAGGACAUGGGGCAGAGUGGCAAUAAUGAGGAAGGAGAAGAUGACAAUAAUUUUCUACACCAGAAUCUGGUUUUGAGAUCUUCCAAGCAGAGUAAAAAAGAAAUUGAACAUGCAGUGCUAACAGAAUUGCCAGUGUUUGCUGACAGCGAUGAUGAUCUUGAGAAGAGUUCAGAGGAGGAAGAAGAAGAAGAAAAUGACCUUGAAGAGGCUGAUGAAAGUGGACAAGAAAGUGAAGAGGAAGAGGAGACAAUCCGUUCUGAACCUACUGCCAGAAAUGUAGCUCAGUUUAGUAGACCUGUAUACUGUGAAAGAGACCAAGAGAUGAGAAACAGAAGAAAGGUAGCUAAAAACGCAGCCUGCUCCACAGAUGCUGGGAACAGGACUGCUGAAGGGGCACCAGGAUCAGAUUUAGAUGGACCUUCAUCCUUGGAAGAGGAAGGCGGAUCAGCGGAUGAUACUGACCUCGAAGGGUCGGAUAAGGAAGAGACCCAGCUGCAAAGAACGGGCAGGAAGAUACAAGACUCAGCGUUUAUGAAAAACGAAGAUGAUGUUGAAGAUCUGUUGAAAGAGGAAGAUGGAUAUGAAGAAGCAUUUGAUUUUUCUUCAGCAACAGUUGGGGCUCUGAAAUGGAAGGAAGACCUUGCCCAGAAGGCAGCUGAAGCCUUUUUGAGGCAGCAACAGUCUGCUCCCAACUUCCGGAAACUCGUUUAUGGGCCAGUGGCUGAGGAUGAUGAAAAAGAAGAAGAAAGAAAUGAAGAACUCGGAGGGUUGUUUCGCGUCAGCCGUCCUGACAAAGAAUCAAAAGGAAAGAUUGACGCUCUCGAUUGCUCCAAAUUUCCUGUGGAAGCCCCGCAGGACUGGGACUUGGAUGAGGUAAUGGACAGCAUCCGAGACUGCUUUGUGACCGGAAACUGGGAAGCUGACAAAGAUGCAGGAAAACUGUUGAAGGAAGAUGAAGAAAUAUAUGGUGAUUUUGAAGACCUCGAGACGGGAACCGUGUAUAAAGGCAGAUCAACUAAUCAAGGAGAUGAGGCAGAAAAUGAAGAAGAAGAAGAGGAUAAUGAGGGAAAAAACAGCAAAGUGGCUGAGGAGGAAGAGGAACAGAAGAAGCGUAUCGCUAAGAAACGUAAAUUGAAAGAGAUGUUUGAUGCUGAAUAUGAUGGAAAUGCCACCUACUUCGAUGAUCUGAAAGAGGAGCUGCAGAAGCAGGCUCAGCUUAACAGGCUUGAGUUUGAAGAUCAAGAUGAUGAAACCAGAAUUCAGUACGAGGGGUUUCGACCGGGCAUGUAUAUCCGGAUAGAACUUGAGAACGUCCCGUGUGAACUGGUGCUGCAUUUUGAUCCACAUUAUCCAAUUGUCCUGGGUGGCCUGGGAAACACUGAAGGAAAUGUGGGCUACGUGCAGAUGCGGUUGAAGAAGCAUCGCUGGUACAAGAAAAUCCUCAAAACCCGCGACCCUCUGAUUCUGUCUCUAGGCUGGAGGCGGUUCCAGACGAUACCUAUGUAUUACGUAGAAGACCACAACGGUCGUCACAGGCUGCUUAAGUAUACACCACAACACAUGCACUGUGGAGGAACUUUCUGGGGCCCCAUCACUCCACAAGGGACAGGAUGUUUGGCAGUCCAGUCUGUGAGUACUACAAUGGCUGAUUUUCGGAUAGCUGCUACUGGAGUUGUGCUUGACUUGGAUAAGUCUUUAAGAAUUGUGAAGAAAUUAAAGUUGGUUGGUUUUCCUUUCAAAAUUUUCAAGAAUACAGCUUUUAUUAAGGGCAUGUUUAACUCGGUGCUGGAAGUGGCCAAGUUUGAAGGCGCAGCCAUUCGUACGGUGAGCGGCAUCCGGGGACAGAUCAAGAAGGCCCUUCGAACCCCAGAGGGGGCCUUCCGGGCAACCUUUGAAGACAAGCUGCUGAUGAGUGAUAUUGUAUUCAUGCGAACAUGGUAUCCCGUAUCUGCCCCUGCCUUCUAUAAUCCAGUAACCUCUUUACUGAAGCCUCUGGGUGAAAAAACGUCCUGGGUAGGAAUGAAGACAACGGGGCAGUUAAGACAUGAGAAGGGUAUCAGACUGAAGCAAAACAAGGAUUCCCUUUAUAAGCUCAUAGUGCGGGAGAAAAAACAUUUCAAUAAGCUGCAUAUUCCAAAAGCUCUUCAGAAGGCCUUGCCAUUUAAGAACAAGCCCAAGUUCCAAGAAAGAAAAAAGAAAGUUACAAAGGAUAAGUGGAGACCAGCUGUUAUCAGGGAACCGCAUGAAAGAAAGGUUGCAGCACUUCUCUCCGCUUUGGGCACGGUACACAACUAUAAGUUGCAGAAGGACAAAGUGAAACAUCGCCAGCAGGUUAAAGAGCAUCUGAAAGAGAAACAGAAAGAGGAAGAAGCAAAGCUGAAGAGGCAAAAGGAAGCAAGGAAGAAACUUUUUCGUAUUAUUGGACAAAGGGAGAAGAAGAGGCAAAAGUCAAGCCUGAAGGGAUCUGCUGAAAAAGAGUAACAAGUAGCCAUGUGCAGAACCUACCUCCAAAUGAGUUGGUAGUUUCCAAAGAAAUGCUUCUAAGACACGAAACCAGUUAUGGUUUGGAGGAUUACAUUCUGGAAAACUGGUGGAUCACUGCCAUUGUUGCUAGGUUGGCCUAGUCCGGAGGAGGAACGGAGCCUCCAGAGAUGUCUGGAACGUUCUGCUACCAGCACAGAGAGUUUUGC